AUGGCCUCUUGGGAUGCCGCAGAGCGGAGCGAUGAGGACGACCACGAGUCCUCCGACACUCUCGCGCAUGGCCAGGACAGGUUCGACCUCGACCACGCCGUCUCAGCGCCUUUUGCACCCUUGCGGGAGAUCACGCGCCGAGACCACUUCCUGGUGCAGCAAAGAGGCAAGAUCAAGCGCAUCCUGGACCGCGACGCGGGUGAGUCCCAGAGCACCCGGGUGUACUGGGUUCGGAAGAAGCGGAAGAUCUAUGCUAUGUUUUUCUAUGACUUCUUCCACACUAUACUUCAAGUGCCCGUUCUUGGAGUCUAUCCGAUGGUCUUCAUCUCUUACGCACUCUGCCACCUGCUCUUUGCGAUUAUGUGGUGGAGCAUUUCCGACAGCUGCGCCAUCGGGCUUUCGGGUCUUAUGUCGGCCUUCUACUUCUCCGUCGAGACGCAGAUGACCAUCGGUUACGGGGCCCCGGCGGAGAACUUCGCUGGCUGCCCGGAAGCGGUACUUUUGCUGCCGUUGCAGGUCGUCUGCGGGCAGAUGCUGGAUGCAGCUGUGAUUGGCAUCGUUUUUGCUCAGAUUUCAGCGGCGCCUGGGCUGCAAAUGAGUUCCGUGCCUUGUUGCGUGUUCUGGGCAUCUCAGCGCAGUGAUCUGGACCGAGGACCAGGCGUGGUUGCUCACUUCUGGUAUGUCGACAUGUACGUGUUCAAUGUAGAUGCACACCUGUAUCCACCGAGCGGUACCCUUUCACACCAGCUGCGUCGGCAGAUGAUUAAGCUUAGCAUGCUCAACAUCGUAUCUGGAAAGGAAUAUGGCAGACUUCCAGUUGACGAGCGGGCACAGACGUGGACCAAAGAUCCGAAGGUGAAUGCGAACCUCGCGUUGCAAGCCGGUUGUGGUGUUGGAGUGGAUGUUUUCACGGGUGUGAUGAUUUUCGCAGAAGCGCAGGAAGCAACCAGCUGCCUGGUGGUAUCCGGUGGAAUCCGCAACAACAGCACAACAGGAAGCAGCAAAGGUUCGACGUGGAGCGUAGUAGGUUUGAAAUUCUCAACUAUUUAUGAAAGGAAUCUGGGUAGGAUGCACCUGAUUGAGCCAGACAUGGACAUGUACAACGGAGUGAUCUUCCUGGGCCUCCCCGCGGAAGUCAGCCACAAGGUGGACUUCAACAGCCCCUUGGCCCCGGUGGUCCCGGCCGGCACCAGUGGAUAUCCUUCCGAACUGGACGUAAGGACGUACCUGAAGUCGUCGAAAUACUUGGAGAUUCUGGUGUUGGCUG